AUGUCAUCAUCAUCAUCAUCAUCGUCAUCAUCACCAUCUAUUCAUCAUCUUUCUGCAUUUGUUUUUUGCACAUUUUUAUUAAUGGCUCAAGCUGGUACAUGGUUGUCAUUCAAUCAGAAAGCACCUAGUGCUAAUGAUUUGACACCAUAUGUAAUCACUGAUAAAGAUUUAACAAGUGUUAUGAAAAUGUGCAAAGAAGAAAUUAAUAUACCAAGGAUGAUAUCUCGAUCAGAACGAAGUUUCGCUGAAAUGUGUGCUGCAUUAUCAGACCUUAUUUCUCGAAGAUGA